UUAACAUGGAAUGCACUCUACGUUAGAGAGUAAUAAUUAAAUUCUUAAUUGGAGUGAGUUUAUUUUUAAGUUUAUUACAAUAUAUAAAGAAAAGAUAUCUUAUUCUGUAACAUGGGACGCCGAUGCAUAUGAAAAAUGUGUUUAAAAUAUGCGCUUGUAAAAUUGUUUCAUAUACCAUGUGGACUAAUCAAUGAUCAAUGUUAGAAACGGAAGUAGAAACGGAGCGAGUUUAAAUGUACCGCGGUGUUUCGAGACGAGUUCGUUGCAGAGACGACCUAAACGAUCAUCGAUCCCGCCGCGCAAUUGUAAACUUGGCCAGUUGGUUGGAGUCGUCUGGCGGUCGGGUGGAGUCGGACGCACCUUCGGGGACAGAGGCUGACGUCACGGCGCAAGAUGGCCGCCGGUAUCGGAAAUGGAGUAGCAUAGAGGCUGGGCGGUAGGAACGAACCGUAGGUGUGUCAGUGCUCGGCUUCACCGCGAUAAUGCCAUCGAAAUGCCGAUCGUUGCAAGUUGAUCGGCGCUUCGCGCAGUGCUCGUACGUACGAUCGGAAUCGUUCCGUCAGCCGAGUCUUGAAUGGUGAGAUGAUAAAUCGCGAAAUUCUCGGAGGAGAGCGAAAUUGAACGGAGCGAGUCUCGUACCCGGACUAUCCUGACCUGGGACAGUAGUUUGGUCUAGUUGAUACGUCGCGAAUUCGUCAGUGAUAACGCCAGUGUUGUACGGAUACGUCGAAACUACGUCUGAAUGAGAUCGAAGUGGAAAAUAAACGGUGGCCUGCCGAGCGAUCGCCCCGUGCUCUUGGACGAUUCUCCGCGGUUGUCAGACUCGCCUGCCCGGCUCCGGGAGAGAGCUGAGCGCGCCCCGUGGGUGUCAGAUCUGCAUUGAGGUUUUCCGAUUGAAAGUAGCUGGCUUCGUAUCUGAUAAAAGACGAGAUGGAAAGAGAAGGGUUCGCGUGUCGAGUCGGUGCAUAAGAUAUCAAAAGCGUGCGCUGCGUGCAGUGUGUCCGGCGAAUCCUCUUUGUAAUCUGUCAAAACGGACUCUGGCCAAACGAACGGGCUUGUAUAUCGAUCUAUCUGCGACCGAUCGCGUGCUUUGGGCCCCCCCUCGAGUUUUCGAAGCGUACACAACGAUCGAUUUUUCGAAGGGACUUGGUUUCCCGUCGUCUGCAACCGCCUCGUGAGUUACGCCGGACACAUCGAUUAUCCCUUUCCGUAAACAACAAUAGAAACGGACGAAAGAAUGCUUGGCACCGUGGUGAAAAUGAGACAUGAGUUUCGGUUGUGGUGAGUCGGCUCUCGUAGCCGGCCAAGCGACGUUGAACGUGAAACUGUUGAACUGUUAUUCGAGCGAUGAUUCCACCUAUAGGUAUCAGUUAACGAAAGAAAAGUCUCUGUCGCGAGGUAAACAUUCGACGUAGGAUUUCGUGUGUUCCUCGCAGUAGAAUAGCAGAGAAUAGUUUAUCGUUUAGGAAGAUAGCGGAUUCCGGCGUGUGGAUGUCGGCUCGCGAGACCGAGAGGAGUGAGGAAACGAGACAAAGCAACGUGGAAAAGUGAGAGACCGCGAGCAAAGGAAUCGAGGAAAAUGACUACCUGAAAAGAUCGGAAACGGACUAAAACGUAUCGGAAGAGAGGAACCGAAAGGGAUUCGUCUCGCGCGAGUGCACGUAUCUCCCGCGCGCGUGUCUCCUCUGUGUCUGUGAUUAUUCCGGUUUACGUUUCGCGUGCAUUUCGUGUGGAGUUGCCAGUGUACCGGAGUUUGAGAAUAGUAAGGAUAUACGCAAAAUGUGGAACGUGAUGUGCGACGUGAUGCCGACUAUCGCGGAGGACAGCAUCAGCCAGCGGAGUUCGCAGUUCUCCGGCGAGGACGCGAACUUCGAGCAGCUGAUGGUCACCAUGCUCGACGAGAGGGACAAGUUGAUGGAAUCGUUGCGCGUCAGCCAGACACAGUUGCAGGAAACGGAAGCACGGUUGCAGGAGGUCGAGAAGGAACGGGACUCUUUGAAUCGUCUGCUCAACGCCAAUAUCCCCCAGGAGUUCUCUCAGCUGGCGAAAGAGCUUUCAGCGGCACGCGAGAGUAUCCUAGAGAGAGAGGAGGAAAUAUCGGAACUGAAGGCGGAACGUAGCAACACUCGUCUUCUGCUGGAACAUUUAGAAUGUCUGGUCUCACGACACGAACGAUCGCUUCGGUUGACUGUGAUGAAGAGGCAAGCAGCCGUGCAAUCCGGAGUAUCGUCCGAAGUUGAAGUGCUUAAAGCUCUGAAAAGUCUGUUCGAGCACCACAAGGCUCUGGACGAGAAAGUGCGAGAGCGACUGCGCGUUGCACUGGAAAAAAAUACCACCCUAGAGGAAGAGCUAGCCAUUACCAAAGAUGAGCUUCAGCAAUAUAAAUUAAGUGGACACGCGCCUAAAUCUGCAGACGACAGGCCCAAGGAAAACGGACAAACGGAGGACGGACAGCAACAGAACAAGAAUGAGACUGAGCAGGCAGCAGGCCAGCCAGAGCAACAACAGCAACAACAACAGCAGCAGGAGCAGCAGCAGCAACAGCAGCCACAGUCGAUACAAAAACUAGGUACUGAGAGGUCGACUGAAAUUGGGAGUAGGCUGAGCAAUGGAAGUCUCGAUCCGGCGGACCAGGUUUCUGCAGCGCGAGUAAUAGAUUUGCAAGCCACUGUUGACAAACAGAGCUCAGAGUUGAGUACAUGGCAGCGACGAGUAGCAGAAUUAAGUGGCCGAGUGGCGGAAUUGGAAGAAAACCUAUCCGAAGCUCAGAAAGUCCUCAUGAAGACGCAAGAAUCGAAUGUCAAAUUACAAAGAGAUUUACGCGAGAAUGUUGCCCAAAAAGAAGACCAAGAAGAAAGGAUAGCGACUCUUGAAAAACGAUAUCUUAACGCUCAACGCGAAUCCACCAGUUUGCAUGAUCUCAAUGAAAAAUUGGAACAGGAGUUGCAACAUAAGAAGGCUCAAUUGAAGCUCCAGGAAGAAAAAAUAGCAGCUAUACAGGAGAAAUUGGAACUAGCUGAACAGAAACUAGCCCAGUAUGCUAAGUUGCCAGAAAUGGAAGAGCAAUUGAAACAGAGGAUGGAGGCUCUGACGCAGGUGAGGAGGCCCAACCAGCAGGCUCAAGAAAGGCACGGCAGCGCAGAAGAUAGGAUACAAAGAUUAGAAACGCAACUCGAAGAGAAAAAUGCAGAAGUGAUGCGUGUCAAUCAGCGACUUAAGAUGAACGAGGAACAUAAUACACGACUUAGCGCAACUGUUGAUAAACUUCUGUCUGAAUCUAACGAAAGAUUACAACUGCAUUUGAAAGAAAGAAUGCACGCAUUGGAAGAAAAGAAUGCGCUUACGCAAGAGCUUGAGAAGACAAGAAAACUAGCUGAGGAUCUCCAGAAUGAAAAGGCAGAGAUAGUUAAGGAAUUAGGAAAGGCUCGACUUGAAAUUGAUAACGUGAAAAGGCAAAUGCUUCAGCAAGAAAUCGCAUUCAAUAUUCAACAAACAGACGCUUUGACUAGAAGUUUGUCUCCCAAUGCUGUGGAUCCUGGCGCCUUUUCUAGAAGUGCGAGUCAUAGUAGCUUUGACACGCAUUCUUUACCAAGAAGAUCGGCUAAACGAUCUGUGAUUGAAGAAGACGCGUCAAAGAACUAUGUAGCGCGCACUUUAGCGGAACAAGAAUGGGAAAAGCUACAGCAGGCGCAUGUUCUUGCCAAUGUACAACAAGCGUUUGAUGUCUCUAGCGAUGCAGAGGGUGACGGAGAUAACGAGAGUCUUUUUAGUUGUGCGGCUGAUGUAAUUAGUCCGACAGGACACACAGAUGCUCAAACAUUAGCACUAAUGUUACAGGAACAAUUAGAUGCAAUUAAUAAUGAAAUUAGGUUGAUUCAGGAAGAAAAACAAAGUACCGAGGCACGCGCGGAAGAAUUGGAAUCCCGCGUUGGCAGUCUUGAACAUAUGAAUUUAUUAGCGAGAGGACGAAGUUUGGAACGAGCAUCGCCACCGUUAAGUGGGCGAUCUACACCAAAAUCACAUCACAGUCCUAACAGAGAUUAUUUACACAAGUAUCAUACUGCUCCUGCGUCAAUGUCUCCAGCGCAUCUCCAUCAGUACGCUGCUUCUUUGACUAGUCCAGGUCAACUUUCAGAAUCUCUUCCUGCAAGCCAGUUGCAGUUAUCAGGCGAAGAAUUGCAUUCAGUAAGUGAAAGAGACAGCACUGGUGGUGCAGGAAGUGGUGGGAGCGAUGCAGCUUCACCGUUGACAGCUCGAUCAAUCAGGCUGGAACGUGUAGUGCAAGCGCUUGCACAUAAUCAAGAGGAGCUCAGAAGGCGUACGGGACAAACCGGAUUUCCCAGCAGUGGUUUUCCUGCUCACAGCAGGCAUGGGCAACAUAACAACGGCGCACUCAAUUCUGGGACUCCCCCUUCCCCAUUGUCCUCACGUCACAGCAGCCAGGACAGUUUGCACAAGAACAACUUGUCUGGUGUCGGAUUGCCAAUUGGCCAGCUGUCUAGCUCGCACUUGCACAUGCAAGGAACCAUGAAUCCAGCAACAGCAGCAGCAGUGGCUGCAGCUCAAAAGAAGAAGGGCAUUAAAAGUAGUCUUGGCAGAUUCUUCAGCAAGAAAGAAAAAAUAAAGGGAAAAGAUACACCAAUGCCUGGAGAUAUGGCAGGCAUGGGAGGAGUAAGUACACCAGCAGAUCCUGAUUAUGGAGAUAGCGUUGCUGUAGCUGGAACUAUGGGCAGCAAGAGUGAUUUUGAUCGCCGAAAAAAGAAGAGUCCCAGCAUGUUUGGUAGUAUGUUGGAUUCUUCGCGUCAUGAACUUUUGGCGGAAGCAAUGAAAGCGGGAACACCCUUUGCUUUAUGGAAUGGACCAACUGUGGUGGCUUGGCUUGAGCUCUGGGUAGGCAUGCCAACUUGGUAUGUUGCAGCUUGUCGAGCAAAUGUGAAAAGCGGCGCCAUAAUGAGUGCUCUUAGCGAUACAGAAAUCCAACGCGAAAUUGGUAUAAGUAACCCCUUACAUCGAUUGAAGUUAAGAUUAGCUAUCCAAGAAAUGGUGUCACUCACAAGUCCAUCGGCACCAAAAACCUCUCGCACAACCUUAGCAUUCGGAGAUAUGAACCACGAAUGGAUUGGUAAUGUUUGGCUCCCAAGUCUUGGAUUGCCACAGUAUCGGUCCACUUUCAUGGAGUGCCUUGUUGAUGCUAGAAUGUUGGAUCACCUCACUAAAAAAGACCUCCGCGGUCAACUUAGAAUGGUUGAUAGUUUUCACAGGACAAGUUUACAGUAUGGCAUUUCGUGUUUGAAGCGAUUAAAUUACGAUAAACAACAAUUAGAAGAAAGAAGGCGAAUGGCAGAAGCUGCCAAUGUCGAUGUUCUUGUGUGGAGUAACGAUCGCGUUAUAAGAUGGGUGCAAUCUAUCGGCCUGAAAGAAUAUGGAAACCACCUUUUGGAAUCUGGGGUUCACGGAGCUCUCAUAGCACUUGACGAAAGUUUCGACGCGAAUAGCUUUGCUCUAACAUUGCAAAUUCCAACACAAAAUACACAAGCUCGACAACUGUUAGAUAUGGAAUUUACAAAUUUACUAACGGUAGGAACAGAGAGGCGACUCGAUGAAUCAAAUAGUAUGAAAUCCUGAUCCAACUUAUCCAGCAGACUGCCUCAUCUUCAACCACAUCACGUCUAGUCCAAAACCCCAGCUAUUACUACUCUCUGUACGCAAGUGUGUUGUAAAAGUUGUAAGAGCUUUAAGUAUCAUUCUAAGGGUAUCUUCAUACUGUUAAGAAUAUAACAUGCGGUAAUAUGGAAAAGUGAUGAGGUAACAUAAACUGUUAAAAAAAGGGGCUUAUAUCGUAUCUUCAAGAAGAAAAUUUGAAGUGUUUUUUCGAUUUUUAUGUCACGCGAUUCAUAAACCGCAUGUUACGUGUUUCAAUAAAAAUAGUAAUUCUGAAUAAAUUACUCUCAUAUAGAUACCGAAAUGUAGUGAGCGGUCAGGAAAUCAUGCGAUAUAUUUUUCCUCGAAAGUCAGAAGAUCAGUUAUAGAUAAUUACGACAAUAAUUCUAAUUUAUCCUGAUUUUUUAAGGUUAGUAAUUUGUAGUUUCGAAAUAAUAAUAUCACGGUAGUUUGUAAACAUUUUCACGACGUAAUAACAUAUUUCUUAUACUAUAUUAUGUACUUACACUGUGUAACAAAUAGUUAAAAUAUCUAUUUUGAUACCACUUACCGCACAAAAUGAAAAUCCCGAAAUUGUAUUAGUGCCAUUGCUCUCGAGGAAACUAUUUAUGUACAAGAAACAGACUGCAUUCUAUAUUUCUGCAUCUAUAAGAUGGUGACCUAAUAAGCCAUAUAUGUAUAUAUAUAAAGAAUAUAUGUAUAUGUAUACAUAGGAAUUUAUAUAUAUACAUACAUAUAUUCUUUUGCACAGAAGGAGCUUCAGAAUACUUGUUCUCCUCUGUUAUUUCGAUGAAUUUUAAAUGUUUGUAGAUCGCAUAUAAACUCGUAAUAUAUUUAAAAAAAAACUACACUGAAGCAACUAUCGUAAUUAGAAAAUGAUCAAAGAAGAAAUCAGUUGCAUGGACGUGUUUAAAAAGCUCGCUUUUUAUUUACCGUGGACUAAGAACAGACAUUUUAUACCAAAAUAUUCGCGCAAUAUAUAAGUACGUGUAUGAAGCGUUAGUAGAUGUUAUAAAAUUAAGGAACUUUGUAAAUUUGAAUUGAUAAUUGAACAACUAAUCAGUCACUAAUAUUCACAUUUCUAUUAUUUCUCACUUUAAUUUUAUAAUUGUAAAGGAGUGAUCACAUUUCAUUCCGCUCUCUAGAAUUUAUAAUUUUUUUCAAAAGAAUCAUCGUUAAUAGCGCAUACGUAAAUAUUUAUGAAUAUCUAAUUCUGUUUCAAAGUUCCAGAGUGAUUAAUUAUUAUUAGACACGAUCAGUAGUGAGAGAAUUCGCGAUAAAGAACGUUAUUAUAAAGGCAAAAAGAAGCUACAUUAAAAAAGAAAGGUGGCCAUAGGAAGAAUAAUAGAGGAUACGGUGACAAUGGCCAUAAAUAUUACUAACAGUUGUGACACGAUGUUGCUGAAGACAAUGAUUGCGAUGAUAAUUAUAAUUAUCCAUUACAAAUGUUAUCAAGCUGAAGGUGUGGCGAAAGACUGAGACUUACGACAGCGACUGAAAUGACAUAAAACUGAUCAAGAUAGAGACGAUCACAAUAAUGAUGAUAAGUUAUAAUGGGAUGUUGUUAAUGUUGUUGAUACUUGAGGAAUCAUUGUUGUUGAUGUUUGUUUCCCUGUGAAGUACCCCCCUGCAAGCUGUUCAUUCGUUGUAACUCCAUGGCUCUGCACGACCUUCCGAACGGGCGCAAACGUACCAAAUAGUUUCUACCAAAGAGAUCGCAAUACAGUACGAUGAUUUUACGAUCAUAUAUAUGUACGAAAAUUCAAACGUCGGCACUCGAGAUACAUGCGCAGUAGAGAGAUCAAAAUAUCUACAUGUAAAGAUCAUACUGUACAGUUUCAUCCUUCAGCGUAUAACACUUUUCUCUAAGUACCACCGAUCAGUUGAAAUAUUUCUAGAUAAUCAGAAAGACUCGCUAAGCCAAAGCAACGUUACGCUACCUCAAUACUGACCUACGGUGGUACCCUUUUUUCUUUGUAUAAAUACUUCGAUAACUCGUUCCCAUGUAUUCAUGAUUUUCAGUCGUGAUUAAUUCCUACAUAUAUUAGGCACGAAUUUCUCGUUGAGUUUAUGUUAAAAAUAAUCGUAAAGAAAACAUUUUCACGUGCAACGUUUGCUUUGUAAGUGUUAGAAAACAA